AUGAGGCUCAAUAGUCUCAUUCCAGGGGCUACCGCCCUUGCAUUUGCUACCCCUCUUAUCGCAGCACCGACAUAUUCCAACGCCACCACCGUCUCCCAGUUCGUUUCUCAAUUAGAUCUGAGCCAACAAGAUGCGAAGGAUGUGACUGCAGUAUUCGGUUCUUACCAGACUUCGGAACAAAUAGCAAGUCUAGACGAGAAGACGCGUGCGACCAUGGCCUGUUCAGUUAGCCAAAUCGUGUUUAGUUCCAUAUACUUAAACGCUACGUCAACCAAUUACCAAGACAGAAUUGACGUUAAUUGGUCCGAUGCGUGCUGGCUUGAUGCACAAUGCAUUGUCCAACCUACGGCAGCGGCAGACGUCGCAAAAGCUCUCUUCAUAAUCUCUUUCAUGGACACCCGCUUUGCCGUUCGCAGCGGUGGUCACAAUCCCAACCCCGAGUUUGCUAGUGUCGGCGAUAAUGGUAUUCUGAUUGACAACGUAAACCUGAAUGAGAUCACUCUUAUCGAGGACGGCGCAGUAGCGAGAGUUGGCCCUGGAAACCGCUUUGGCGCUGUGUUGAAGACGCUUAGCGAGGAAAAUAAGACUGUUGUCGGUGGACGAAUUGAGGAUGUCGGUGUUGGUGGAUACUAUCUUGGUGGCGGCAUGGCCUACUUUUCCAGCGAGUACGGGCUUGCUGCAGAUGGUAUCCGCAAUAUCGAAAUCGUUCUAGCGAACUCCUCUAUCGUCAACGCCAAUGCCACUUCCAACUCGGAUCUCUUCUGGGCUCUGAAAGGUGGUGGGGCGAACUUUGGCGUCGUUACCAGAUAUGAUAUCAAUACUAUUCCCGUAGCGGAGAUCUGGUUUGAGGCGCUGUUAUACGAUCCUUCCGAAAGCGAGAAACUCCUCGAGGCCGUCGUCGAGUACGCAGCAGCGGCCGAAAACGACACAGCCGCCGGAUUGGUGUUCAACCUAACCCCUGAUGCGGGCCUUGUGGGGUUCAUAUACGGCAAGCCCGUCGAGAGGCCCUCGGUCUACAAGUCCUUCGACGGAAUCCCUUCAAACGGUGUUUAUGUCAAUUCGACGAUCGGAACGUGGUUAGACCUAGCGGAUGGAUUCGCCAACACGACCUCUUUGACUGCUUCGAGAUAUAUGAUUGUAUCGAUCGCCCACAAGUGGAACCUGCCGACGUUCCAGGACAGCUACCAGACAUACUUGAACCUGUCGGCACAGGUGAUGAAAGAAUUCAACGCGACGCUCGCAUAUGGUGUGCAACCUUACACGAGCGCCGCCGUCAAGCACUCAGCCAAGACUGGGGGAAACCCUCUAGGUUUGGAACCCAUUGGACAGAACUGGUUCACAUCCACCAUUCAGUGGCAAGACGAGAGCAAUGACGAGCAAGCCUUGGCCGCCAUUCAAGCUCUAGGCGACAGCGUGAUUUCCGCAUCGAAGAAACACGGAGCAGAUUUGCCUUUCCGCUUCAUGAACGACGCGAACCAUGCGCAGAACGUGCUCGCCAGCUACGGUUCCGCUAACCUAGAGCGACUAAGGAGCAUCAGCAAGCAGUAUGAUCCUCAGCAGAUGUUCCAGAACCUCCAAAAUGGCGGUUUCCUCCUAUCAAAGGCGUGAUGAUCGAAAUCUAGCGAUGGUUUAUGUUUAGGUGUAUUUUUAUCUUGGCUUAGGUCAUUUAGAUUGAUAUCCGUUUGGGAGAUAGAGGAUAGACUUUUGUACUCUACCAUAAACUAGAUAGAAGGCAUCGCAGGAUGUUUA